GCCCACUUCCGGCACGCCCCGCCCCGCGGAGCCGCCAGGGGGCGUGGCCGGGGAGGAGAGCGGCAAGAUGGCGGCGGCCAGGCUCUGCUCCCUGCGCCAGCAUCUCCUGCGGGCGCUGGUCCCGCAGCGCGGCUACCGGGGCGACUGCCCCACGGACUCCGGGAAGGACGUGCUGGAGAUCCCCCUGCCCCCCUGGCAGGAGCGUCCCGACGAGCCGCUGCACACCAAGAGAGCCCGGCUGCUGUACGAGAGCAGGAAAAGGGGGAUGCUGGAAAACUGCAUCCUGCUCAGCCUCUUUGCCAAGGAGAACCUGGCGCGCAUGAGCGAGGAGCAGCUGACGCGCUACGACCGCCUCAUCAACGAGCCCAGUAACGACUGGGACAUUUACUACUGGGCCACGGAAGCGAAGCCCACGCCGGCGGAAUUCGACACCGAUGUGAUGGCCAUGCUGAGGGAAUUUGCCAAAAACAGGAACAGGGAGCAGAGGCUCCGGCAGCCGGACCUGGAAUAUCUGUUUGAGCCACCACGCUGAGGGAGGGGACGCCUCUGUCCCCGUUCCCUGGAGCAGCACGGGGACAUGGGGCUCUGGACUGGCGUUUCCACCUUCCCUGUGGUUUUCCUCCUCUCCCAGCAGCCUCUGGACACUCGUGGAAUGCUGAAUAAAACCCUGGCCUUGCCUGGCUGCUG